AUAACCCACCAACUCUGACUUGCUCAGCUCAGAGUUACAGUCAUUCAGCAACGAGACAGUUCAGUGCGUGACCUUGAUCGAUAUUCUCAGUUUUCAGUUGAGUUUGUGUAUUUCAGUGAUAAUUUUCUUUGCUAAAAUGAAGGGAUCAUUCAGAUUCCUCGUGGUUGCUUUACUACUUGCGCUUGCGCAUGCAUUACCUCGUGCACUACCUGACGAGGAGAGGCCAGAGGCUGCCAUUUAUCGAUGGUUAGUUGGUGGACGGCCAACCCUGCCUAAUGGUAACAAUGACGACGGAAACCUCUUCGCCGCCGAUCCAUUAAGAACAAUGGGAUAUGACUUGGAUCGCAACAUUCGCAAAAGCGCGGAGAGCUUCAGCGACUUUAUCACAAAAACUUUCACUAAAAUCGGCGAACUGUUCUCAGGGAAAGGACUUCCUGAAGGGGGCAACACGACCUCCGUUACUCAGCGAAUUGAUGGGCACGUCGUGACGACAAACCUGACAACAUACGACAGUGAAGGUGAUGAUGGCAACUUCAGCUUCCGCUUGCACAUAAUCGACAUUAAACCAGAGAGUGGCAUAAACCUCACCCCGGACGCAACUGAAGAAAAUUCAGGAGUUACUACCACAGCAACAGACUCAGCCAAGGGGUCAACCUCACCAAAGAGUGUCGAGUCCCUUGAAGACAAGAAUGAAAUACCAGACAGCCAAGUGGAAACCUUAACAGCUUAAUUCAAACUAUUUCCAUCCCGUUUUUAUUCCUUAAUUAUUCAUUAAAAAUAAUGAAACACUAAUGAAUUAAUUGAGUCAAACGUGAUCAGUUGAAUUUCCCUCAUUCGAUUUAUCGGCAACACGUCUGAAUAUUACUAAAAAUAACAUUAAUUUUAAAAACAUUAAUAACAGUCAAAAUAUUACCAACUCAAAUAUCACACGUGCAAAUAUCGCUCAUCUGAAUAUCAUGCGUUAUCAUUGUCCAAUAUAAUAUCUGAAAAUAUUUUAGAGAAUUAUUUUUAUGCAUUUCACUUGGUUGUUUUUUUUUCACAAUUGCUGGAUAAUUUUGCAUUUACCAGUUUUCUUCUCCCAUAUUAAUCAAUCAUUAAACAGUGAGUGAUAAUAAUAAUAAUAAUAGGAAUGAUUGAUAAUAGAGAAGAAGCAUCAACAAUUAAAUUAUUGAAAAAGUUAAACAAUAUUUUCAGAUAUUUUACUUCAGUGGAUAAUAUUCUUGGAUAUAUUUCGGUGAUUAAUAUCUUGGAAAAUAAUAUUUAGACAUGUUACUGAUUUAUCUUGCGAAUGAGAAGCUCAAUAUUAAUAUAUCCGGACAGAUAUUAAUAUAUCUGCCAUUGUAACCCAGAGUCACCCAUUAUCGGUGAAAUUACCCAAUUACCUAAUUAACAGAAAAAUUGGGAUCGACUAGUCACGUUUCACGGAUUAAAUUCAUGUGAUUGUUAUAUUAUUACUGAUGGCAAUAAUUCUAUUGUAUUUGUUUCCACAUUUUAUUCUUAAUUGAUUAUUAAUAAUUUGGAUCGAUUAGAAACAGAACUAAUCAUCAAGGAUUUCUUUAAUUAUUUUUAAUUUUGCACUAGAAUAGGCGAGAGUUGAUAAUUAUUUUAAUUAUUGCAGUUGUGAAUCUAUGAGUAUUUUAUGGAAAGUAAUGUUUUCUAUUUAAAUGACCACUGUAAUAGACAUUAAUAAAAGUGUGAGGUAUUUUAA